UGUGAGCCAGGACUAGGCACGACCAUCAUGUACGAUCUGCUCUACACGGGCGAUCCCAAGGUGAUGUUGCUCACAGGCUGCAGUCCCGUGUCCACGACCGUGGCCGAGGCCGCCAAGAUGUGGAACCUCAUAGUGCUGUCGUAUGGGUCCAGUUCUCCGGCGCUGUCGAACACGGCUCGCUUUCCCACCUUCUUCCGCACGCACCCGUCACAGACGCUGCACAACCCGACACGAGUCGCCUUCUUCAAGAUGUUCAAUUGGACGCGGAUUCACAUCAUCCAGCAGGUGGAGGAGGUGUUCAAGACG